AUGCUGUCCCUUCAGAGCCUCUCUCCCCGUGCCUUGCAGGACUAUGGUGUGAGCCUCAUGGUCAGCGGCGAAGUCGAUUCUGGCAUCUCCUGGCAGCUGGCGAACUUCUGCAAAGACGACGAGUCCCUCUGCCAGUACCUCCAUGUCAUUCAUCGCGAUCUGAACCCUGAGAUCGAAUGCGCUGAAUCCCGGGUCUGGUUUGUCGAGGGCAAGGUGGUGUCCAUCAAAGACUGGCUGCUAUCCCGGCGAAGGCUGAUUCACUACCCCUUCCCCCAUCUUGAGCGCUGGCCAAACCACAAUUUCUAUCAGAAGUGUCUCAGCUGGACCUACGAUCCCCCUCCCGAAAUUAGCUUUCGAGACCGCGAACUUUUUGAGCAGCGUUCGACUUGGUCGUUCCGUUUCGCUAACAAGGGCAGCAAAGUCUACUGGCGUAACCACUCCAACGGAGUCACCGUCUGUGGCCCUUCGUCCGAUGCUCAUAAAGACGCUACUUCUUCGUCCACGCAGAAGCAAAACGCCGACCUUGAAAGUCUUCCCACUUCGCUCAAGGCCCUCCAACUGAAGGAGUGUAAACCUGCUUGGGCUUCCACAAGACCUGCCAACGAUAUUGCAACCAUGGACCCUACCGAUCCCAACAACCACUUCUUUGGUCCUCUGGAUCCCUCCCAGCCAUCGCCUACCUUAGACAUGUGGGAGGACCACCUUGGUGUGGGUGCCGAUGGUGCUGUUGACCGCUUCAUCAAGAAGCGAGUCUCGACCGGCGACCAGCGCCCGUCCAUGGCCGUUUUCAUUCACGCUGGUGCUGGCUACCACAGCCUCCAGAACGAGAAUGUCCACCUCACUAUGUGUGCGAAGGCUGCCCAAGAGGCCAUGAAGUGCAUGAAGGGUGGCGGCUCAGCGACCGACGCCAUAGAGGCCGCUAUCAGGGUCCUUGAGAACAACGAAAUCACCAACGCAGGCUAUGGAAGCAACCUUUCGAUCGAUGGCACUGUUGAGUGUGAUGCGACCAUCGUUGACCAUUUCGGACGCAGUGGGGCUUGCGGCGCUGUUCCUAACAUCAGGAACCCUAUCUCGCUUGCAAAGCUCGUUCUUGACACCAGUCUGAGAACCCUGACCCUACGACGCGUGCCUCCCAACAUCUUGGUCGGCGAGGGCGCCAAGAGGUUCGCCCUGGAGCACGGAAUCGCCUUAGUGAACAACAAGGAGCUCGUGUCCAAGAAUGCUCAGGAUCGUUUCAAGAAGUGGUGCGAGGACCUUCGUAAGGCUCACGCGCGCGCCAUCCGACCGGCUCCAGAGGCUUCAGUUCAGGCGACUUCCCCAGAGGAGGCGAAGUACAACACGGUCGGCAUGCCCGGCGCUGAGCAGAUUACCCAAGCCGAUGUUCCCAACGGAUUGCAGUCUCUUGCAAGUGUCAAGGCGAGCAAAGGCCUGAUGCGCGAUCACUCAUCUGCUGUUCUUACUGGAAUGUGGAACGAGGGCCAGCCCGACUCGCCUUCCGACUCGGCUUCGCCUGGCGCAAACAACUCUGACCCCGUCACUCCUACCAAGCCGUCACCCCUUUCAGCUCGUCAGAACGGAAGUGAAACACCCACAAAGCCCGCUGGAGGCCAUGAUGUUUCUCGCGCUCUUGAUGCAAGAGACAGCCCGGUCAAGGAGUCUCGCGCGAAGCGACGCAAGACCUCUUCCGACAAGCAUGUUGACGCCAUAGACGGCGUGGAUGACCGUUCGGAUGAUCGCUGGGAUUGGGUCGACCGCGAAAUGGCCGAGGACUUCUUCUCUUCCCCUUCCAACAGGAUCGAUCUCACGGAGAUGACUGCCGAGCCCGACAACGCCGACCACGACAAGGUCACAGACACUAUUGGUGCCAUUGCGAUCGACGGCCAGGGCAACAUCGCGGCGGGCUCGUCCUCGGGCGGCAUCGGCAUGAAGCACAUAGGACGCGUAGGGCCAGCGGCACUCGUGGGCAUCGGCACGGCGGUGAUCCCGCGCGACCCGGAAGACGAGGAUGAGCGGGCCGUGGCGGCCGUGACCAGUGGCACGGGCGAGCACAUGGCUACCACCAUGGCGGCUCACAAGUGCGCGGAACGGCUGUACCACAUGACGCGGGCGGGCAAGGGCGGUGACAACGAGCUGGAUGUGCCCAGUGAGGGCACGGUCAUGGCUGACUUUGUCACUCGCGACUUCAUGGGCCACCCGGGCGUUCGCAACCAGACCAGCUCGGGCGCCAUCGGCGUGCUUGCCGUCAAGGUCACUUCCGGCGGUAUUUACAUGCAUUGGGCGCACAACACCGACUCGUUCGCCCUCGCGCACAUGGCGUCGUACCACAAGGAGCCCAAGUGCGUCAUGAGCCGCCUCUCGGCCGGGUCUGGCCCCGUCAACAUCGGCGCGCAGAAGAUCUCUAAGAAUCACGCGACCGGAUUGAAGGUUCGUGAUUGA